AUAUUUAAUAUAUAUAUGCACACAUUCUCACAAACAAAAGUAAUUCUCAUUCAUUAAUUGAACACAAUCACACUCCUCAAAAAAAAAAAAUUGAUUCUUGAACUUUGUGCAUCAAUGGGGAACUGCAAUUGUUCAAUGAAAGCAGUAAGAGAUUCAAGAAAAUCACCAGAUUUUAAUUUUGCUCGUGUUAUGACAAAUUCAGGUGAAAUAUUGAAUCUUAAAGGCCCCAAAUUAGUUCGACAAGUUCUAAAUGAAUUUCCAGGUUACAACAUUUUCAGUUCGAAUUGUUUGUCUUCUCCAUUACAUAAUCAAGAAUUGCUCCUUGAUGGGCAAUUUUACUAUCUUCAACCUGUAAUUCAACAAAAAACAGAGCCCAUUUUAGUUGAAGAAGAAAAAACAGAGCAAAUUCGAGUUUCGUCCAGCUUGACGAAAGGGUCAGCCAUGGAAGUUUUGCCUGCUCAACGAGAAGGUGUUUGGAGAGUCAAAUUAAUUAUCAAUCCUCAACAACUAGAGGAAAUCUUUUCAGAGGAAGGGAAUACUGAAGCCUUAAUUGAACAAAUGAGAAUAGCUGCAAAUACAAGUUCAAUUGCAAAGCAUACAAGAAGUACCUCUUGUGGAGUAAAUUGGAAAUCAACUCUUCCUAGUGUAUAUAAAUUGCCCAAUGAAAAGCAAAAUAAAAUACUUGCAUUGGAUCAAUCUUCCACUAGCAGCCCUAGAUGAUGACUUGGGCUUCACGUGAUACGAAUUCGAAUUAAUUAGAAAAUAAUUUUCAAAGUGUAUAUCGAAAUGAUUGAGAAGUGGAGUAGCCAAAAAAAUGGACCGUCCUAGUAUGUACAAGUAUGAUGGUUUGGAUCCACGUGCCUCGAAUUUGAAUUAGUCAUACAAUGAAUUUCAAGUAUAUUUCGAGAUGAAGAGAAGUGGAGCAACGAAAAAAUGGAUCGUCAUAAAAGGUAAACUAGAUUUGACUACGUAUAAGAUUACUAAGUAUUCUGAUCUCACUAUAGUCGAUUGACACAACAAUAGCACGAACGUGAUUCUCACCUAAAAGAGUAAACAUCUACUAUAUAUAAUUUAAAAUUUAUACAUAUAUAAUGAUUUUCCAACCUUCUAGAAAGCCCUAGAGAAGUGAUCAGCCCUGAUCUAAUGAGGGAAACAUUGUCAUCUUAGAUAUUCUCAUUUCUAUGUUUAUAGGAAUUUAAGUGGCAUAUGUUAUGCCUCUUUGUAUGAAUCAUGAUGAAUAUAUAUUUUGCUAUUGGGGAGUGAGUUAUAUUUA